ACAGUUCGUUUGAACCAAGAAGGAGUUGAACACCUGUAUCUGAAGCAAUGUGUGGAAUUAUAUGUGCACUUGGUGUGUCGGACGUGGCCACUGCAAGGGAGAAGGUAAUUCGAAUGUCUAAAUGUAUUAGACACCGCGGCCCAGACAGUUCUGGAUAUUGGAACAGAGGGCACGACAUCCUAGGCCACGAAAGACUAGCAAUUGUGAGCCUAGACGACGGAAGCCAACCCCUAAUUUCUAUUGACGAAACAACCGCAGUUGCAGCGAAUGCCGAAAUAUAUAACCACGUAGACUUGUAUCAGAUUUACGGUCAAACAAAACUGAGGUCCAAGUCGGACUGCGAAGUUCUGAUGUAUGCUCUACAACAAGAGAACCCAGAGGAAUUUCUCAACAGCAUUCGAGGUAUUUUCUCUUUUGUGGUUUCUAACGGUGAAGACUGCCUUAUUUCGAGGGAUCAUAUCGGCGUUAUCCCUCUGUAUUGGGGGCGUGAUAAAGAUGGUGCCAUAUGGGUAGCUUCUGAAAUGAAGGCCCUUUUAAGCGAGUGCAUUUAUUUCGACGUGUUUCCACCUGGGCAUUUUUAUUCUUCUCGUACCAAAGAGUUGAAAUGUUAUUACAACCCAGUUUGGUUCAGAGAAAUUCCUACUGGCGAACCGAAUUUUGCCAAACUUCGCAGUGCGUUCGAGACUGCUGUUAUCCGCAGAACCAAAUGCGACGUUCCAUAUGGCAUUCUACUGUCUGGGGGACUUGAUUCGUCUCUUGUUGCAUCCGUUUUAACUGCGCAGCUCAGAAAAGUAGCUGAAAACGGUGCGGAUACUGGCAAAACCACUAAAAUACACAGUUUUUGCGUUGGGUUUGACAAAAAUUCUCCUGACCUUCGCUAUGCCCGUCAGCUAGCUGAUUUUCUGGGAACGAAACAUCAUGAGGUAAUUCUCAGCAUUCAACAAGGCAUAGACUCUAUAGAGGAUGUCAUUUGGUAUACAGAAACGUACGAUGUCACGACAAUUAGAUCCUCUGUUCCUAUGUACUUGCUCGCAAGGAAAAUCAGGUCACUCGGUAUCAAAAUGAUCCUAUCUGGAGAGGGCAGUGACGAAAUCUUUGGCGGAUAUUUAUAUUUCCAUGGUACCGAUGAUCCAAAGAAAUUUCACGAAGAAAACGUUAAACUUCUGAACGAACUACACGUCUUCGAUUGCCUGAGAGCAAAUAAGUCCUUGGCUGCAUUUGGCAUAGAGUCACGGGUACCCUUUCUCGACCGCGAUUUCCUUGAUGCCGCCUUUUCGUUCGAUCCGAAGUUUAAGUGUAGUAUCGACGGCCGCAUUGAAAAAUGGGUGUUGAGAAAGACGUUCGACGACGCGGAUAUCAUUUUACCAAGUUUACUGUGGAGACAAAAAGAACAGCUCAGCGACGGUGUAGGGUACUCAUGGAUCGACGAGCUUAUACAGCAUACUAACAAUAAAGUUAGUGACUACAUGUUUUCUUGCCGAGAAAUGUUGUAUCCUCAUAACACACCUUCUACUAAGGAAGCUUUCUAUUAUCGAGAGAUUUUCGAGAGACUUUUCCCGCAUCGCUCGGCUGUGGGUACCGUAAAAAAAUGGGUACCUAACUGGAGCAAGGACUUGGACCCGUCUGGAAGGAGACAGCUUACCCAUCAAUAUAGCACGUACACUGUGUCUGCCAGCAGCUGCAGCUAGAGGGAGAGUUUCAAGGUGCAAUCAUGCCCACGAGAAUUGGCCUGGUAUUCUAUUCUGGUUGUCAAUUUUUAAGGGGUUUUAAUGUUCUGCAUUCAAUACAGAGAGAGAUAUAUAAAGUCAGAGUUGAUUAGCUUUCUGAAA